AUGCUAGGAAGGCAGCUGCACAUUCUCGUGUCUACUUUCGUUUUCUUCGUCUGCCUCUACACCUUAGUGAGCCCUGGUGUUUCCUCCGUCCUCUUCCGUAUCAAUCGUUUAUGCUACAUUGGAAUGGCGAAGCGUCUUCUAACGGAUUUCUUCGCUCCCUUGAAGGGAGGCGCUAAACGUUCGCGCAGCUCUCUCGAUGCAGCCACGGAUACCCUGACCCCCGCCGAAACCUCUGCUACAACGACGACUCCACCGAAUCACAAUGCAGUGGAAACAACGACGGUAACUAUAAAGGAUGCUACACCUGCCACUACGUCUGCACCGGUACUAGAAGAUUCGGAUAAUGCCAACCGUGGUGUCGUUGCCACCGUGCAGGCGAUGCUCGGUGAUGAAUGGGGAUCAAAGCUGUCGGACGAGCUUAACAAGCCGUACUUCGAGAAGCUGUGGACUAAAGUUACAAACGAACGUAAAACUAAGAAGAUUUACCCCCCCGAGAACCUGGUUUUCAAUGCGUUCAAGCUAGUCCCGCUUUCUAAAAUAAAAGUCGUCAUCGUCGGUCAAGACCCCUAUCACCAGCCACGCCAGGCCAUGGGAAUGGCAUUUUCCGUCCCACGCGGAGUGCCGCCUCCACCAAGUUUGCGCAACAUCUUCAAGGAGAUUGGCUCGCCUUCCAACCACGGCGACCUCACCUACUGGGCCAGGCAGGGGGUGUUCAUGCUGAACACGGUGUUGACAGUAAUCGACAGCCAACCUCUCUCUCACAGUACCUACGGCUGGGAAGUGUUCACUGACAGCGUCAUAGACCUAAUAAACAAGCAUCGGGAGAAGGUGGUGUUCUUGCUUUGGGGCAAGUCCGCGCAGAAGAAGUGCGGCAGCAUAUCAAAUACCCGUCACUACGUGCUAAAGUGCGGCCACCCGUCUCCACUGUCGCAGAAGUUUUUCCUCGGCUGUGACCACUUCAACAAGUGCAAUGCUUACCUGAAGAAAACUGACCAGACACCCAUAGACUGGAAGCUACCUCAGUGA